UCGAAACAAAACACACUUAAUGUUUACAUAAGCAAAUGCAUUGUUAUGGCCACAAAUACUUUAAUUAACUGAUGCAUAUACACUUUUUUUAACGACUCGGGUCAAUUCCGUACGGUAAAUGUAUCUUGCCAAAGUACUGAGUCUAGUUAAUAAAGCUAACAUUCAAACUCAUGUACAAAAAUUGUUCGUCACAGAUAUUUUCUCAGAAUAUCACGUUUGUACAUUUUUUUCGGUUUUUUAAAAUUGCUUUAGCAAACAAUUUACGUGUAUAGCUGACUAACAAAAAAAGAUUCUCGGUCCCUUAAACAAAGGCUAUUCAACAAAUUGUUGCUCACCGGCCUCUAUAGUACAAUUUGUCGAAAGUUUUACAAAUUAAUUGGAUUACCCUGAACCGAUUGAUAAUCUUUGCAUAUGCAUAAAUUACUAUGGCAUUCGACGACAGAAAACUCCGUUCUGAUCGGAUCUUAAUAGCAAAUGUUCAUUUUUGUGGCGAUAUAAAAAUAGUUUCCUUCCAAUCCCCCCACGGGGUCUCUUCGGCAGGGACGUCCGCAUAAUGACUCAAUAUACUUUUACUGCGAUUAAUAAACUACGAACAUCCCGAAAAGAAGCCAUAGCGCCAGUAGAGCCGUCAAUGAAUGAGAAGCAAAGAUAUACAUAAUGCUGUUGAGCAAUUCACCACCUCAGUGUAAAGCAAUGUAAACAAUUCAGGUAACAACGGAAACAAUUAAACUAGUGUAUCAGCUAUCGAAAUCGGUCAGCCCAAAGAUUUAAAAAUGCCAGGUUGUCUGCGCAGUUCCAGGAACAUUUGGCAGAUACUUCGCCACUACAGGACGCCACUACUUGGCGGAUCAGGGUCUUACACCAAUCCAGUGGUGAUUGCGGCUGCCGUAAGGACACCGAGUGGUCCCUUCCGGGCAGAGGAGCUGAGGCUCGCGGGCUUGGUUGUGGACGAACUGGUCAAGCGAACCAGCGCGCCACGCGAGGAGUAUAAAAAGUUGAUCCUCUGCUCCUCCCUCAAGACUCCGGCUGCAGAGUGCAGGGAGCAGCUCUCUAGCGUGGCCACGGAGCUGGGUCUUCGAUGCGAAACGCUGGCCUUGCAGGAUGACGUCUGUUCCAUCAGCGGCCUGCAGAUGACGCUGGACUGUUUGCAGCGCGGGGCAGACCAGUGCAUCAUUACGGGCGAUAUUCGCGCCCAGGUCGUCCAACCGGAGCACGGCCUGCUGGCCAAUGAACUCAUGCCCGUGCUGCAGCCCAGGACGCGUGAACGUACUGCAGCGCCUGAGCCGGCUCCUACCCUGGGAGCUGCCGCACUCGCCUGGACCACCCUGGAGACCGCCCAACGCCUCCACCUACAACCGCUCGCACUUCUGCGAGAGUUCGCUAUUGAACAGGACCACGAACAAACAAUGAAUCGCCUCGAGGGGAGGCAGCCGAUCGCACCCAGCGAUAUCCACACCUGGGUCAUGGUAUCGGGUACGCAGCAGGCCAUCCCGGAGAGCAUUCUUGCGGAGCUAUACGCCAACCGCCUGUGCAGGCACGACUUCAAGCAGGUCACAGCCAGCCACCUGCUCACGCACCUGGUUCAUUCUCUUCCCACUGGCGGACUGGGCUGCGCCUUUAUGGGCAUGCAGGAUGGUCGCUCCAUGGUGAUGGUUCUCGAAAAGCUGGUGCCCAGCGUCGAUCUGGCGGAGGGACUCCCGUUGCUUACUCUGUACACCAGGGAACCGUGUCCCCUGUGCGACGAGAUAGUGCACCGCCUGGAGGAGGGCUAUGCAGGCCGCUACCGUCUGGAGAAGGUUUACAUCGACCGCAAGGAGAACGUUCGGUUCCUGCGCCUCUUCAGGCACGACAUUCCUGUUCUGUUCUUCAACGGCCAGUUCCUUUGCAUGCACCGGUUGAACGAAGAAGCGCUUGUAGAGCGACUUGAUGCAUUAACACGAUCAUGUUGAAAAUCGCUGAACAGAUAAAAAUAACACGUGCAUUUGUACAUACAUAGCUGUCGCACAGAGAAAUUUCAGUCAGCCCAUUGAA